UCUGACUUCACUGCUCGUUCUUAGGUCAAAGCUUUUCAUUUAAACACGUCUUUAGAUUGCAAGCCUGUUACCUAGAUAAAGUGUGUGAGAGCCAUGUCUACGGACCCCCUGAAAAAACGCAAGACGAAAGUCAUUCGCGGUGAUGGCGGCACGCCCGAAACUAAGCGGAUUCGAGGAGAUGCGGAUCAGGAUGUGCGUGUAUAUAACGAGGAAGUGGAACUGGAAGGAAGAGAUACUGAACAGGACUACAUACUAUAUAAAAGCACCUGUGAAGCUGUGGCUAAACUAAUGGCUGAAAUCCAAGAUCUUAAAGCCAGUGGAGCUAAAGAAGGGAGCAUGGAGGUUGAGGAGAGACGAAGGAGAGGCUCUGUUCACUUCAUUGCCUUGAAGAAGUUGAACCGGAUGGCCCACAUGAGACUGAAGAAAGCACGGGAUCAGACGCAUGAGGCAAAGCAGAGGGUGGAUGUGUUGCACCUGCAGCUCCAGAAUCUCCUCUAUGAAGUUCUGCACCUUCAGAAGGAGAUCGGCAAAUGUCUGGAGUUCAGGUCCCAGCAUGAGGAGAUCGAGUUGGUCAGUGUGGAUGAGUUCUUUCAGGAGGCUCCAGCUGAAAUUUCACGUCCUCAUCUCACCAAAGAGGAUCCUCAUCAGCUUACACUUGCAAGGCUUGACUGGGAACUGGAGCAGAGGAAGAGGUUGGCUGAGCAGUAUAAGAGCUCCCUGUGCACUAAAGAGAAGAUCCUGAAAGGAAUUGAAAUGAAGAAAGAGUACCUGAACAGUCUGCAGCCUGGGCUACAAGCCAUCAUGCAGGCCUCUCUGCCUGUGCAGGAGUACUUGUCCAUGCCAUUUGAACGUGUGCAGAAACAGGCGGAGGUUGCGCGCCACCUUCCUCCACCUCUCUAUGUGUUGCUGGUGCAGGCUAGUGCGUAUGGCCAAGCUUGUGACACAAAUCUCUCUGUGUCAAUAAGUGGAGAUGUAGAUGAAGCCAAGGCCCUCUCAAGACCACCUGAAGAUUCACAAGACGAUGAGAGUGACUCAGAUGCAGAAGAGGAACAACAGAACACUAAGCGACGACGUGCUACAGUUGGUGUUCAGCUGGAUGACAAACGCAAAGAGAUGCUGAAACGUCAUCCUCUCUCACUGUGCAUCGAGCUCAAUUGUAAAGAUGGCAGCAUUCUGCAUUUGUUCUUCUACUACCUAAUGAACCUCAACAUUCUCACUGUGAAAGUUAAAGUGUCGGCCUCUGCCGACCUCUCAGGAGCCAUCAGCGCAGGGGAGCUUCUGAACCCGGAGUCUCUGUUGAACUGUCUGUAUGCCUCUGAUCACGGCCAAGAAACCCCUAACCCUGCCAACCGCUACCAGUUUGACAAAGUGGGUAUAGUAUCUUUUGCGGAUUAUGUGGCAGAGCUUGGACAUCCGUAUGUUUGGGUGCAGAGUCUUGGAGGGCUGCACUUCUCCAGUGACAGUCCACAGGUGGAAGGACCACACAGCUCUCUCAGUGCCAGCCAUAUGGAGAGCACCAUGAAGCUCCUGAGAGGACGUCUGCAGGCUCGUCUGGCAUUGCACAAACAAUUCAGCUCACUGGAACACAGCAUAGUUCCAGUCUCCAAUGAGUGCCAGCAUCUCUUCCCAGCCAAAGUGGUCUCUCGCCUGGCUCACUGGACUAUGAUGAGCUAUGAGGAGUUUGUGGAGCUGAGUUUUGUGCAGCAUGUGAUGAAGGCUGGCCUGGUGCGGAACACUGACCUGUUUUUCAUGGCCACAGUAGAGAGGGGAACAGCUCGUCUUCAGGCGGCAGUGGUGUUGAAUCCUCGCUAUCCAGAGAUCACUCCUCUUUUCUCUCUUUCACUGCUCUGGAAAGGAGAGCGCAGUGGCCGCACAGACGAUAACCUACGGGCAAUGGAGAGCGAGGUUAAUGUGUUCAGGUCUGAGCUGCAGGGGCCCCGCCCAGGACUUCAGCUCCUGACCAACCAGAUGCAGCGUCUCUGUGUGUGUCUGGAUGUGUACCUGGAGACAGAAAGCCAAGUGUGCGAUGGCUCAGAGGGCCCAAGGGAAUUCCCGAGGGAGAAGAUGUGCUUACGCACUGCCAGGGGUCCAAAUCGUCUGAAGCCUUUUAAGUAUAAUCAUCCUCAAGGCUUUUUUAGUCAUCGCUAAAUGGAAAUGCCUUCCCCUGCUGGGUCCCAACUCUGUGCCCACAUUAUAUCUUCUUUUUCAUAACUUGAAUCUUCUUUCAAGUGAUUGAUUAUACAUCAUAUUGUUUGACUGUGUAGAAUUAAAAAUAAACCACUGUUUUUGGUA